AUGCGCAACUCCGUCAAACUGUUCAUUAUCCAAUUAAUAUCCAAUAAUAUAACCACCCCAAUUGAUUUAAUAGUACUACCAGAACUAGGACUCACAGGAUAUAAUUUCUCAUCAUCAAAUGCAAUUAAACCAUAUUUAGAAUCAUAUGAGAAUAAACAGGCAAAUAACUUUUCAUUAAACUUUGCCAAGAGUUUAAGUGAAAAAUAUAAUUGCUUUACAGUUGUAGGAUAUCCUGAAUCCUCAUCAUCGGAUAUCAUCUAUAAUAGUUGUGCCUUGUUUAAUCGACAAGGGGAAUUGAUUCAUAAUUAUAGAAAAACGUUUCUUUAUGAGACUGAUGAAGUAUGGGGAUGUUCAGAAGGAGAUAAAAAAGGAUUUAAAUCUAUCGAUGUUGAUUUCGCAGCUGGUACAGCCACGCCAGUAUCAAUAUGGGAUCGUUUUAGGAUCAAUGAGGAUAAGAAAAGUGAAACUUCAUUACGAGUGAAUUUUGGGAUUUGUAUGGAUUUAAAUCCAUAUAAAUUUGAAGCACCAUUUAAUGAAUUUGAAUUCAGUUCUUCAUGUUAUGAACAACGUUCAAAUUUGAUGAUAUGUCCAAUGGCAUGGUUAUCACCAAAAUCGCCAUCGAUUAAUAAAGAGAUUUCAUUAUCGGAGAGAGUAGAGAUUGCUAAUCAAACAAAACUUGACAAAGGACCUGAUCAAUCGACUGUAAAUUAUUGGAUUUUGAGAAUGUUCCCAUUCUUGUCACAUAAGUAUAGUUAUCUGCCUAAGUGGUUUAACAAAGUAAAUGUACUUUGUUGUAAUCGAGUUGGUGUUGAAGGGGAUAUAAUAUUUGGUGGAAGUAGUAGUAUCCUUGAGUUCAAUAAUCUGGGGAAGAAUUAUGAAUCGAUUAAUCAAGAUAAUGAGAGUGUUACCAUAUUAGGUAGCUUGUCACAAGCUGAUGAGGAAGUGCUUAUUAAAGAAAUUGAGUGUUUGUAG